AUGCUAUUUACUAAAUCAUUAAUACUUCCAUUCGCUCUCCUCCUUUCUGUUAAGAACGUCCAAGCACAAGAUGCAUCUUCCGUCAUUACUGGAACAACCUCAAUCGCAAAGACAAUAACGUCAGCGGAUGAUAAUGGUCAAGUGGUUACUAUAACUUCAUAUGAUAUGUCCACUUUCACAUCAACCGUGUGUCCAACUUGUACAGUUUUACCAACAACAACUUUGAAAGUGACUUCUCAUUUCACUUCUUAUGUCUGUCAAACUUGUUAUACUACCACUAUUCCAAAAUCUUCUUCUUCUUCCAGUUCUUCAAGUUCAAUCCAAUCUUCUUCCUCUGCAGUGAUUUCUUCAAGUUCAAUUGUGUCAUCCUCAUCUUCUCCAAUUCCAACUACAUCCACCACAUCAUCAACUUCAACAAGUACUCCAAUCACAAGUUCUGCUGAAUCUUCUUCAGUUCCAACCACCUCCACCACUUCUAGUACUCCAUUCACAAGCUCUGUUGAAUCUUCAUCAAUUCCAACCACCUCCACUAUUUCUAGUACUCCAAUCACAAGCUCCCUGCAAUCUUCCUCAGCACCAAGCUCAACUACAAUUUCAUCUGAGAGUUCUUUGAUCUCAUCUGCUCCCGCUUGCACUGGUAUUGAAUGUUAUACAUCUAGUUCUGUCCCAACAUCAACCCCAACACCAAGUACUUCAAGCAUAACCCACAACAACAUCACUUCUACUUCCGCCUCCUCCGCCUCCUCCUCCAUCCCUCCUGUUGUUUCCAUUUCUACCAUCACAACUACUGUCAGUAACAUCACAAGUAUCUACACUACCACUUGUCCCUUAACUUCAGUUCAUACCACAAUCGUCUCCAUUGAAUCAUGCUCUAAUGGAGAAUGCACCAUUCCAUCCACUCUUGUUCCAAUUACAACCUCAUCAUCCCCUAUUGAAACUGAAACAACAACCAUUAAUGAAUCAUGUACAGGUUCAGAAUGUCAAAUUAAACCAACUUCUCAAUCAACUUCCUUCCCAGGCACAACUGUCACCACUACUACCACUACCCAACCAACCACUCCUCUAUCUGUCCCAACCACUAUUACAACUACUACUUCUGUUACUCCAGUUUGUGAAGGUGAUAACUGUAAGACCACACUUACUUCCGUUGCCACUACUACAUCUGUAUCUACUAAACCUAAUACCCCAACUACUUCUUCCUCUUUUGUCGUUCAACAAUCAUCCUCUAUUAAUACCAUCCCAUUGAUUCCAUCAUCAACUCAACCAAUGAUCAGUAACUUCGAAGGUAACGCUGUUAGAUUAUCAGCAGGCAGUGUCUUGAUGUCAUUGUUGUUGGCAUUGAUCAUUUAA